AUGAAAGAUGCAAAGAAACGCAAUCCAAAAUUCAACUACGACAAGGCCGCCGCCGCUCAUACUUCUAUCGAGGUUUCCCGAUUAAAGCUUUGCUUGGCAGACGCGAAGGACGAGCCUGAUGAUCCAACGGAUCUUAAGUAUAUCAACGAGUUUUUUACUGAACAGAGGCUUCCAACUAAUGUGGGCUGGACACCCAGUCCCCGCGUUAAAACUGUUCAAGAUGUUUUGAAGUACGCGGUCGAGGGCCAGGCUGCUAGCACGAAACUCCAAGACGCCAACAAUGGAAAAGUCAUCACUACGUCGAAAUAG